CCCGUCGUUAUCUGUCGAACUGACCAAUUGAGACGCUUUACGCGAAAAUGGUGGCGUCGACCGAAACUCAACUCCUUAUCAACUCCAAUGCUUCAAGCCUCGUCACUGUCUUCGAUUCAGUACGGCAGAAGAUUCCCAAAUCAGAUAUCUGUAGAUUUGCCUAAGCGCGCAGCCUGUUGGACUUUGCUCCGCGACUGAUCUGACGACUCGGCGUUGCGAGCGGUGAUGGCGUCAAGUAUAAGAACCCGCGAUAUCGAGACAUGGACCUGCGAUCUCCUUCCCUCCCACAAGUUUGUACCUUCCGUCACUCGUCGUGGUAAAGGUCCUGUCCACCAUGGCACAUCCUCCUGGUACUUAUCUCAUUGAAGAUUUGCAUCAAAAUGCCCAGGUCAUCCUCCAACCGCAGCCUUCCAGCGAUCCUAAUGACCCCUUGAAUUGGCCAACCUGGAGGAAGAACCUCAACUUCGGCCUGGUAUCGCUUUACGUCCUCCUCGUCUAUGCCAUGAUUGACGUCGUUACGGUCACCUGGGCGUCAAUGAACCUAGAUCUAGGCUUCAGCUAUGCUAUACUCAACGACAGUUACGCCGCAGGUUGCGGCGCUCUUUCUCUCGGCGGCAUCUUUCUUCUACCGUUCGCCUUGAAGUAUGGUCGACGACCUGUCUACAUGUUCAGCUUGAUUGUCCAAGCGGCGGUCAGUGUCUGGUCCGCAAAACAACAGAACGUUGCCGAUCUCAUGCUGGUCAAUAUCUUGUGUUGCUUCGUGGGUGCCCUGGCCGAGGUCAUGGUUCAAAUGACCGUUGUGGACGUCUUCUUUGUGCACCAACGUGGCAGGAUGAACAGCUUCUAUGUCUGGACCCUCACCGUCGGAGCAUCGUUGGCUCCUCUUGCCGCAGGUUACAUAACAGUGGGCCAGGGUUGGCGGUGGGUCUGGUGGUGGCUUGCGAUCCUCCAAGGAGCUUGUGCCCUUGUCUUCUUCUUCCUCUACGAAGAGACGAAAUGGAACGGUCAAACCAUUGUCGGUAUCCCAAGAACCACGUCCAUUGGCGAAGAAGCCGCUCCUGUGGUCAAGGCCGAAGACGCAAAACGAGAUGCCUCAAAGGAUCCGGAGGUCAAUGACGCUAUUGGCGUUGAGGCUCAACACGCUGCCACCGAGGUCACGAUUGACCCAACAAUACCAGUGAAGUCGUAUCGAAGCAAAUUAGCCCUCUGGUCCUCCUCGCCGGGAUCCCUUCGGUCCUUUGUCCGCCACAGUUACCGACCAUUCCUCAUUCUCAUCAACAUCCCUGGCGUAAUGUACAUGGCGAUUCUCAAUGGGGCAAUGGCAUCGGCUGUGCUCAUUCCGAUCACGGUUUACUCGAUAUACAUGACUCUUCCGCCGUACAACUUCAGCCCCGAGCAGAUUGGUCUCCUGGGAAUACCGAGCUUCAUCGGUACAAUGCUAGGUGCGCUGAUUUGCGGUCCCCUCAGCGAUUGGCUGAUACUCCGCCUUGCAAAACGAAACAAUGGAAUCUACGAGCCCGAGAUGCGCCUGUGGCUGAUCUUGGUCUUCACACCGUUCGUGGCCGCCGGGCUGUUGAUGUUCGGCAUUGGUCUGAAUGACGGCCUGCCUUGGCCAGUGGUGUGCAUUGGACUUGGGUUGUCCGCUUUCGGAACGACACCGGCCAUCAGUCUGUCCUUGACUUAUCUGACCGAUGCCUACAGUGAGAUUAUUUCAGACUCCCUGGUCGCCGUCGUCUUCGUCAAAAACCUCUGCCCAACGGCCCUUGUUUUCGCGAUGACGCCGUGGAUCAAUGCUAUGGGCUUGUCGAACGUCUUCAUCACCGCGACUGUCAUCUUUGUCGUUGUUCUGCUCGGAAACAUCAUCUUCAUCAUGUUUGGUAGAAGGUUUCGCAUCAAUAGCGCAGCGAAGUAUCGUUACUACGCUGAAGACCUCUCGAAACACGAGUAGACCGUCGCCGGUAAAGGGCAACGCAAGGAAAAGCCCCUGCAAGGGACAUGAUGCUGUGGCGCCAGGAGCCUGACCUCCUUAGGAGAUGUUUUCGACACUUUAUUGAAAUUUGGGCGGACGCUGACGGAAGCGAAAUACAUAAGAUUUGUCCUUUCGCCUUCGUCGUUUGCCGAGUGUUGUCCAUAGCUGUCUGCAUCGCGCUGCCAGGCAGGCAAUCGCCCGUGCGCAGUUUGUUCUCGGUGGCAACC